AGUGAGCGGCACAACUCUACGAGCUUUCGAGCGACUACAUUGGUCAUACAGCGCAUUUAUUCAUCCAAACGAAAUGUCUGGCCGUGGCAAGGGAGGCAAAGCGAAGGGGAAGGCGAAGUCUCGCUCCAACCGAGCAGGUCUGCAGUUUCCAGUCGGUCGUAUCCACAGACUUCUCCGCAAAGGCAACUAUGCCGAGCGUGUUGGUGCCGGUGCACCCGUCUAUCUAGCUGCUGUCAUGGAAUACUUGGCAGCUGAAGUAUUGGAGUUGGCUGGCAAUGCAGCUCGUGACAACAAGAAAACCAGGAUCAUCCCAAGGCACUUACAACUAGCCAUCAGGAAUGACGAAGAGUUAAAUAAACUGCUCUCUGGUGUCACGAUUGCUCAGGGUGGAGUACUGCCUAACAUCCAAGCAGUGCUGUUGCCGAAGAAGACUGAGAAGAAGGCAUAACUUGAAAUAGCGGAAACAUCACAAAUGGCCCUUUUCAGGGCCGCAAAUAUCUUAAAACGUGGGAAUUCCUAUCUGCAAUUAGUCUUAAGAUCUUAUUCAUCCAUCCUUCCUGAACAAAGUUGAAGAAACCAAUCUAAAGUAUUCGGUUUUUAGUAUUAAAUCUCACAAAUUUUUUCUCGAUAUAACUGAAGCUAAAUUUUAAUUAUUAAUCAUUAAUUUUGUUCUUGUGUGAACUGAAUAAAAUCAAAGUAUCAAGUAUAUUGUCUAAAUACGAUAAACAUUUCAAUGAAUAUUAACUUAUGCAAAAAGGAAAUGAUAUCGAGAGAAAUAAAUCGGAUAAAAUUUCUUUUAUAGAGAAACACGAAAAACUAAAUUAUUUCAAUAAAAAAAAAUAUAUACUGUUUCAAAUCUUAACUCAGUCAUUUCCACAUUGAAUUCGUAUUGAAGUAUUUACAUAACUUGAUUUUACAUAUAAAAAUAAAACCUGUCUCGUAGUUUAACGAUUACUAUAUACGUAAAGAUAAUUAAAUAACAAUAACAUGUUACCAAACAUAUCGAAAACAAUAAUAUACAAUUAAUCCAAUUGUGAAAUAUAGAUACGAAUUCGACAUAAAAAUAAGUUAAAGUAGAAAACGUCAAUAAUGCUGUGGAAUAUAGGAGUCCACAAAAGCAAAUGUUUAGCGUAUUUCGACUAUAUAUUUGAUAUUUCAAACAUUCACUUUAAGAAAGUUCAAUGUAUAAGUAUACUCGAUAAUUGAAACAACCAAUUCGUUUCAUGAUGCUAGUUCUAAUUAUAACUAUGAGAUACAAAUAUUACAAUUUCUACUUAUUGACAGGUAAUGUAAUUAGUCACAAAGAACAAGGUGUUUACAACUUUAUUCAUUUGAAAAUUGCUUUCUUUCUUUUACAUUUGAUUAAAUCCUAAAAGUGAGAAUAAGAGGCAUCAAUAAAUUAAUGUAAACACAAAAACGCGAAUACACAUUUUGUGUACUUAAAUUAAAUAUUUAUAGUAUAGUUAUAAAUAUUGUAUAGUAAAUAUUAUAUAGUAUAGUUAUAAA